GCCCUUUUACAAUCAUGGCGUCUGCUAAAGGGAUCUUUUGCGAGAGCUGUAAAGAGAAACGAGCUUCUAUAAAACGACCCAAGACAGGACAACCUUUAUGCCAGGAAUGUUUCUUUGCAGUAUUCGAAGAAGAAGUCCAUCAGACCAUUACUCAGAAUGGAUUAUUCAACAAAGGAGAGCGAGUAGCCAUAGCUGCUAGUGGUGGAAAGGACUCGACUGUAUUAGCCUAUAUAAUGAAACUGCUCAAUGAAAGGCACCACUAUGGGCUGGACCUAUUCCUUCUUUCUGUUGAUGAGGGGAUUACUGGCUAUCGUGACGACUCACUUGAGAGCGUGAGGAGGAACAGGGACCAGAUGGGUAUUCCCCUUCAGAUCGUCUCUUACAGUCAACUGUAUGGCUGGACUAUGGAUGCCAUUGUACGUCAGAUAGGAAUGAAGAAUAACUGUACUUUCUGUGGUGUGUUCAGACGACAGGCACUAGACAGAGGAGCACUGCUAUUGAAAGCUGACAAGAUUGUGACUGGUCACAAUGCUGAUGAUAUUGCAGAGACGGUCCUAAUGAAUGUCCUAAGAGGUGACAUUGCUCGGCUCCAACGCUGCACACACAUCAUCACCGGCUCUGAUGGGGCCAUACCUCGCUCUAAGCCUUUCAAGUACUCCUAUGAGAAAGAAAUCGUCAUGUAUGCUUACUUCAAGAAAUUGGACUAUUUCUCUACCGAGUGUGUGUACUCACCGAAUGCUUAUAGAGGACAUGCUAGGACUUAUUUAAAGGAUCUUGAAGCCAUCAGACCAAGCACAAUCAUUGACAUUAUUUAUUCUGGAGAUAGUUUAUCAGUAAAGGCUGAAAUAAAACUACCCGUUCAAGGAACAUGUAGCAGGUGUGGCUACAUAUCGAGCCAAGAGCUUUGCAAGGCAUGUGUGCUAUUAGAAGGAUUAAAUAGAGGAUUACCUAGACUAGGGAUUGGGAAAGCCAAUGGUAGCAAUCUCAAGGAACACAUUAAGAAAUUACAAUUAAAAGAAGAAAGAGAAAGGGAGAGUCUAAGAGGAGAGAAAGAAGGAGAAUUAGAAGAAGAGAGAGUGAAGGAGGAUCAAUUAGUGUAUGGAGGCUGUAAGGAGGAGAGAGGAUUGAAGUGUUCCUGUGGACAUAAAACAGACACUUUAUCUCUACAAACUGAAAAUAUAUCUUUAGAAUUUUAGUAAACAAUUCAUUAAUGUGUCACAAAGGGAA